ACGCCUCAAAAGGCACUUGAUGUGAAGCUGCUGGAUUAAAGAUAACAAGGGUCGCUGUUGCUCUUGUAAGCUGUGACCCCAAGGCGAGGCGCAGCUUCACUCGCAGUUGCGUUGGAGGAGGCUAUCUGCACACAACUCUACAUGGCCAAAAUGGCAAGGAUCUCGUUGCUGCUGCUCUUUUUGGCAGUCGGCUCUUGUCUGGCCAAAAAAUGCAAUAGGGAACCACCGAGGGAAGUAACCGCGGCACUCAAGACUGCUGGAGACAAUGGGUACAAGAUCAUACUGGGUGGCGAGACUGACAGCUAUACGCCUGGAACGGUUUACACAAUCACGCUGAUGGGGCCUCGCAGGCACUCUCGCCUUCUGCAGUUCCGGCGCUUCAUGAUGACCGUCGAAGCGCUCGGAGCACCAACAGCUCCACACAGACGGAAGCUUGACCCCUGGUCACCGCAGAGAGCGGGCCGAUUCCAACUUUUCGGCGACGCUCUGACCGCGUUCAAUGAGCGCUGCAUCAACACGGUUAAAGAGUCUGAGGCCCUAUUAGAUAAAACAGAGGUCCAGGUCAUGUGGACAGCUCCUCCGGCUGGAUCAGGUUGCGUUGUUUUCAGGGCGAUGGUUUUCGAAGACGAGAAUAAUUGGUACAUGGACGACGGCGGUCUUAGUUUGACAGCCUGCGAGCCGCAAACUUUGGAGAACGGAGUGAAGAGUGAUGAGUGCUGCGCAUGUUCCGAAGCCAAGUAUCAGGUGAUGUUUGAGGGCCUGUGGUCAGCAGAAACGCACCCCAAGGAUUUCCCUACGAAUUUGUGGCUCACGCACUUCAGCGACGUCAUUGGUGCCUCACACACUCCAUCCUUUUUGGUCUGGGGCGAAGGUCACAAGGCUACUGACGGGCUGCGCCAACUGGCCGAAUGGGGAUCGCCAAGGACAAUGGAGGCCGAGCUUCGCACCAAGCGUCAACACAUCAGAACGAUAGUAAAAGCAGCAGGUCUUUGGCACCCGCACGUCAACGCUAAUACCAGUUCGACAUUCAGGGUUGACAAGAAACACCCCGAAAUUUCCCUGGUCAGCAUGUUGGGACCUUCGCCCGAUUGGAUUGUUGGAGUUUCAGGUUUAAACCUGUGCCUGCCAAAUUGCACCUGGCUAGAGAGUCACAACGUCGACCUCCUGCCCUACGAUGCUGGUACCGACGGAGGAAUCACGUACAUGUCACCAAACGACCCAACGGAACCGCGGCAACCCGUUCGGAAAAUCACUAGGAACUGGCCGGCCGACGAGACCGCGCCGUUUUACAACCCUGACCCUGAAGCGCCACCAAUUGAACCUUUGGCACGGCUUUACUUCAAAAGGCAGAACGUGGUGCCAAGGGAUUGUGAUUACGUUGUCAAUCCAGAUGAUGACGACGCUCUGGACGCAGUUGAGGCUGCUACAGCGGAAAACGAUGAGGAUACUGACCGGCCCGAGUGCCGAGUGGGCGACUGGGAUGAGUGGACACCAUGCUCUGUUACUUGCGGAAAGGGUUUGAGAAUGAGAAGCAGAAAGUAUUUGAUGCCUCAGAAAGCCGAAAUGAUGGGUUGCGGCAGGCAACUUGUCGCCAAGGAAAUGUGUGCUGCCGAAGAAGCAACUUGUCCUGGCUUUGAUGAAAUUUGCGCCGUUUCCGAAUGGGGCCUGUGGUCGGAGUGUUCAGUGAUGUGCGGCCACGGGUUCAGCAUGAGGAACAGACACUUCCUCAACCGAAUGGGCAGGAAAAAGUGCACAGACGUGUCUCUGGUGGAGAAAAAGGACUGUGUGGGAGUCAAGGGAGCGGUUUGCUACACCGAAGUCUCAAACGACCUUGAGCAGGGUUGUCACGUGACAAUGUGGAGCCACUGGAGUCCAUGCACAGUGUCCUGUGGAACUGGACGUCGGGGCCGUUCUCGAUUCUUCCUUGGGCCUGGACACAUUCCUCCAAAACAUUGCCAGCUGGAGGAAUGGGCCCCCUGCCACCAGCAAGAAUGCCAAAUCAACCGUUCAGACGCCAAGGAGAUUUGCUCUUUAGACCAAGAACCUGGUCUUUGCCGAGGAUAUUUCCAACGAUUCUUUUUUAACUCGACCAAUGGACAAUGUGAGGAAUUCAUUUACGGAGGAUGCCGAGGAAAUGCCAACAAUUUUGACAGCCCCGAGAAGUGCGAGGAAAUUUGUGGUCCAGUCAAAGAAGCGAUCAUGGGAGGUUCAAUCCCCAAACAGCUAACCGAGGAAGAAUUAGCUUCUGUUGACUAUGUUUCACCAUUGACACCAGUUGAUUGUAUGAUUACACCCUGGGCCGAAUGGUCUGAAUGCAGUGCUUCCUGCGGGGUUGGCCACCGAGAGAGGACCAGAAUGAUCAAACUCGAGGCCCAAAAUGGUGGAAAACCUUGCCCGAAGAAACUGUCCAAGCGCAAGAAAUGUAAUUUGCCGGCAUGCAAUUGAAAGUGAGUCAUUUAAGGGUUCACAUUCAAAUAUAUUGCUAGGCUAGAAUACAAAAAAUAAAUUACUUCGCUAGACUUAGAAACUAAAUACAUGGAAU